UCUGCAGCUGCUGCCUCAGCCGCCUCCGGCUUCGUCCUCUGUCCCGCCUCCCGGGUCUUCGUCCUCUGUCCGGCAGCCUGGGUAUUCGUCGUCUCCUUCUGGACCUCCUUCGCCAGGUCGAUCGCCCUUAGCCGGGGUUUCUCUCCCGUGUUGGGGUCUGGAGCAGCACAUGUGGCCUGGCUCCGGCAGAGGGACGGAGCUGUGACCCUAGAGAAGACAGUGUUCAGGCCGGACCUCCACUCCCUACAGGCUAUUCUUCUACAGCUGUUCAUUGUAGCUCGGCAUACAAAGUGGUUGAAUUCAGUCGGCUACACACUAGCUUACAAACAUAAACUUCAAGGGAUACAUGUUGGCCGUUUCCGGUGACUUCCGGCUAGUCCGGGCAGCACCUUCCAGAAUAAAAGCGUACGAUAUUUAUUUAAGACACAACUAAACGUGCAACCAGACACAACAACUCCAUAUUUGAAUAGUUAUAAUUGUGAUCGUGUUUAAGCAUAGAUGCAUUAAGGCAUCUGACCCUAAAAAACUGUUUUAAAUGAAAAACGUUGUAAUUAUGCACCAAGAAACAAUUUCCUGUGGUGUACGUAGUGCUUCCGUUUUUUAAAAAUAGAGAUGCUCGUUUCUUUUCCCGCAACUGCCCAGUUUGUUGAAACACCUAAAUGUAAUGGCAAUUGAAAGACGCCGCCCCUCUGGUAGAUGAAGAUAUACAAACCAAACGCUUCGUUGUCAGCUCUUGUUGCUUUAUUAUCUGCUUCACAUAUCCGAUUGUUUUUUUCUGAAAAUGUAUUUUUGUUAUGUGCAUCAAGGAUCUUAAGAGCUUUUACUCAUGUUUUUCUCGACCAUCGUGUUGAAAGCAGAUUUCUUUUAGUCUGAGAGCUGAUAAAAAUGUCCACUUUUAUGCUUUACACAGUGUAUUUUGAAGGAAAGGCUGCAGAAUGAAGAUCACAGACAGCGUGUUUCGGAGUUUCAGGGUUGCCAGAACAUUUCGACAAAAUUCCCAAAAAGUCAACUGUGUGGACUUCAGUCCAAACGGUGAAAAUGCAAUAUCAAGCAGCGACGACGACUGCAUUGUGUUGUAUGACAUCCGAGAGGGGAAACCUAAAGAGACCUUGUUCAGCAAGAAGUAUGGAGUAGAUCUGAUCCGCUACACACAUGGAGAUACACAGACAGUGGUCUACAGCUCCAACAAGCUAGACGAUACCAUCCGAUACCUGUCACUUACUGACAACCAGUACAUCAGAUAUUUCCCUGGUCACACUGCAAGGGUUAUAGCUCUGUCCAUGUCACCAGUUGACGAUACAUUUAUCUCGGGCUCUUUGGACAAAACAAUCCGGAUCUGGGAUCUGCGCGCUCCAAACUGUCAAGGUUUGACUAAUCCACUGGGGAAACCUGUUUGUUCAUUUGACCCUGAUGGGCUGAUAUUUGCUGCAGGAGUGGAAUCACAGGCCAUCAAACUAUACGACCUCCGUGCUUUUGACAAGGGUCCCUUUGCCUCCUUUGAGACAAGGUUUAAUCGCACCUGUGACUUGACUGGACUCAAAUUCAGUAACGAUGGGAAACAGAUUCUCAUCUCAACAAACGGAGGCUUAAUUCGUGUUCUAAAUGCUUUCAAUGGAACUGUGCUGCAUACUUUUUCUGGCUACAACAACAGUAAAGGCAUCUCCCUGGAGGCCUGCUUCACUCCUGACUCUCAGUUUGUCAUGAUCGGCUCAGAGGAUGGGAGAGUCCAUGUCUGGAGCACUGAGAGCGGGAUGAAGGUGGCCGUGCUGGACGGGAAACACUCAGGACCGAUCAACACCCUACAGUUCAACCCCAGAUACAUGACUUUUGCCAGCGCCUGCACUAACAUGUUGGUGUUAGAUUCAUACAGAGAGCCAGCAUACAGCUGGGACAAGGAUUACGACCAGUUCCUGCUCCCUCUGCUCACGCCUCAGGAACCCUGCUACAUCCUCUAUCGUCUGGACACCCAAAAUGCACAGGGGCACGAGUGGAUCUUCAUUGCCUGGUCACCUGACCAAUCUCCAGUGAGGCAGAAGAUGGUGUAUGCAGCGACCCGUGCCACCCUGAAGAAAGAGUUCGGAGGAGGUCACAUUAAAGAUGAAAUGUUUGGCACGGUGGAGGACGACCUGUGCUUCCAGGGAUACUUGCGACACAUGUCCUCCUGCUUUUCCCCAGCCCCGCUCACAGCAGCCGAGCAGGAAUUACAACGAAUCAAAAUCACAGAGGUCAAGAUCAAACAAGAAGAGGCCAAGCGAGCUCUGCAGCAACUCAAGCUGAGACGCAUCAACUACAUACAGCUGAGGCUGGAUGUAGAGAAAGAGACCAUUGAAUUGGUUCACACCAAACCUACAGAGACCCAUGAGCUUCCCUACAGGAUUCCCAUGGAUUCUCCCAGAUACCACUUCUUCAUCUACAAACAUUCCCACCAGGGCCAACGGCAGGAGGCGCUCGUGUUCAUAUAUUCGAUGCCCGGUUACACCUGUAGCAUCAAGGAGCGGAUGUUGUAUUCAAGCUGUAAGAACCGACUACUGGACGAAGUGGAGAAAGACUAUCAGCUGGAGGUCACCAAAAAGAUGGAGAUAGACAAUGGCGAUGGCCUGACAGAAGACUUCCUGUACGAGGAGGUGCACCCUAUGGAGCACGCCUUGAAGCAGGCCUUUGCCAAGCCCCGCGGACCGGGGGGGAAGAGGGGCAACAAACGCCUCAUCAAGGGUGCUGGGGAAAAUGGGGAAGAAAGUUAG